ACAUUAGAUGAGUGUUAACACAAUGAACAGUCAGUAAAAAUGGCUGCCGUUGACUACCAAAGUUUGGAUUUAAAGGAUAAUUUUGGAUCAAAAUGCCAGGAAGACCGAAAUAAUAUAAGUUCAAGACUUGGAAAAAGAACAGAAGAAGAAAUAAGAGAGGAGCAUCGGACUUUGAGGGUAUUACGAAAAAUCGAGGGACAUCAAAACCAGAUUUUCGAGGUCGUAUCAUCAAUAAAACGCGAAAUAUGCAGUUCCAGAACAACAUCGAAAGAGGGUCAAGAGAUUGACAAUAAUCCCCACGACCAGAGUGAUACAAGUGUCGACGCAAACAGCCUGACAAUCGAAAUAACACAGGAAGAAGAACAUUUAUCUGAGUUAAACCUCCAGCUAGAUGAGAAGAAAGAAACGAUCACAAAAUUGGAAGAAACGGUUGCAGAUAAUGAAGAGCAAAUAGACGUUUUGAAUGUUGAAGUCAGAAAGCUCGCGGCAGAAAAGGAACAGUUAAGGCAAUUGCACCAGAUGAGUGACACAGCCGAGCAGAACAGUUGUCUACAAAAAAGAUGUUCAAGUAUAGAAAAAGAGAUAGCAACAAAUGCUGAGGAAAUAGACGAUUUAAACAGAGAAAAGGAAGAUUUACUUGCCGAGGUUAACGAACAAAGACAAGCACGAGAAAAUCAAUCCAACGAGCUGCAACAGAAAAAAGACGAAAAUGUUUUUCUUCUUAACCAACUGUCGAAAAAAGAACACAGGAUAAUUGAGCUGGUUGAGGAAAAAACAGGGGCCAAAUAUGAAAUUGAGGGACUGAAAAAAGACAUUCAGAAGGAAAGAGAUAAAAUAAUUGAGCUGGUUGAGGAAAAAACUGGGGCCAAAUACGAAAUAGAGGCACUGAAAAAAGACAUUCAGAAGGAAAGAGAAAAGAAAAUUGAGCUGGUUGAGGAAAAAACUGGAGCCAGAUAUGAAAUUGAGGGACUGAAAAAAGACAUUCAGAAGGAAAGAAAUAAAAUAAUUGAGCUGGUUGAGGAAAAAACUAGGGCCAAAUAUGAAAUAGAGGCACUGAAAAAAGACAUUCAGAAGGAAAGAGAAAACUCAACUGAAAUUACGAAAAAGCAAAACGAGUUAGAUGAAGCUAAAAAGGAAAUCGAAAAGUACAAAUUGGAACUGGAGGAAGAAAAAGCAAAAAAAAAACUCGAACUUGACGAAGCAACAUCUGAAAUGUCUGAAGUCCUAGAAAAAUUGGCUGGAGCAGAGUCUGCAUUAUUGGCGGGUGAUGAAUCAUUCAAAAGAAAGACAACAAACAGGCGACGAAACAAUUCUGAUGGCGACACUAGCCGCGCACGUGGACGGUUUAAGACCGGAGACCCGCAGCUCGGUUAUUUGAAUGAUAGCGACGCAAGAACCAAUUCUGGGUUCAAUGAUUAUAACAAAUAUGACAUUCUAAAUGACCUAAGCGACUAACCAUUGUUUUAGUAAUAAACAGAACUUAAAAACAUCGAAUGUUACGGGCGUAAUAUCCAGUGCUAGCUACUUGAGUGACUGUUUAAUGCAAAGAAAGAUACACAUUUUUGAAAUAGCUGAACAUUGGUUGUAUAACAGUGAUUUGUAUUUCUUAAAUUGCAUAAACAUUCAAUACUGUAGUCACGCAAUCUCAGACCCUGACUCUUUUAAAACCUAGCUAUAGAAGGGUCGGAAAAGGGGGACUAGCAAUAAUGUGGCAUCGUCAUUUAAAUGAAUAUGUAUCGCCGAUAACGUUUAACUCUAAAUAUAUCAUAGGCAUUGAAUUUAAUGUAAGCCCUUGCCAAUAUUUGUAUGCUUUCGGGUAUAUCUUCCCUGCAAAAAAUACUCUGUAGAUGCAUUUAGACACGCCUAAAUGAUGUAGAAAAUGAUGUUAUACAAUUUUCACAUAAAGGAACUGUUGUUGUAAUGGGCGAUUUUAACAGAGAGUUUCCUUCACGGGAACAAAACAUAUAUGUGCUUAGACUACGUGGCCAGUCUCUAACAGAUACUCACUUCGAAAUAACAUUGUUGCAGUAGAUGGUCUGCCAAUUUGCACAGGCGCGCUAUUUAAUAACUUGCCUUUCAAUAGUAAAAUAUAAACUCUUCCUAUACUUGUACAAUUGCAAAUGUAAAAGUUUCCAAAUAUAAGAUGAAGAUUGUACACAUUUUCAACACAUCGCCCUAUCAUAAUGAGUAUUGUCGUUCCCAUAUAUAUGUUAAGGAAACUAAGCAGUUGAAUACAGACACGCGGUUUGUUAACUGACAGACGGUAAAGCCGAGCUACAUUUAAAGCUACAAGGCUAGAAUAGAAGGGAGCCAAGAGUCAAGACAUCUAUCCAGUAAAAUACCUCUAGUAGAAGAAGAUAUUAACGCCUACUACCGUGAAUUUGUCACAGAUAUAAACUAGGUAACUAGAAAGUGCAUACCAAAUGCAAUAUUUUAACCUUAUAGCAAACCUUAUUGAACUAAAAAUAUUUCACUCCUUCACAAGAAAAUGAUAGGUGCUUGGAGUAAAUGGAUACUUAAUUGAGGUGAAAUGCACGAAUCGUCGAACACACGAAAAAGUUUAUGGAACGGCUAAAGCGGAGUUCAGAAAAGCUCACAGAUAUGCAGUCCAGAACUAUAUACUGAAACUUAAACACGAGGUACACGAAACAACAGAAAUGGACCAAAAUAAUUAUGGAAACUUAUAAAUAAAAAGCUUAAACAAGUAACAUGUGGUAAAAUAUUUUAAAUGAAUUUCCUUUGUAAAACUUGCAAUACACCGGAAAAAAUAAACGAAGGAUGGAAAUAUUAUUAAACCUACCUUUAUUCUCCUGAUGAAACUGAUAUGGAAAGGAUUGUAUUACGUAAAACAGAAUUAAACAAUGUAUUAGAAAAUGUAGAAUGCCAUGUACAAAGGUUACCUUCCAAUCUAGGACCAGAUGUUAUUAAACAGAUAAAGAAUUGUAAAAACGGGAAAUCUAGUGGCUACGAAAAAGUUAACAUUGAACAUUUGAAAUUUGGCGGCGACGUUAUCAUAAAGACGCUGUCAAUAUUUUUCCAAAAUAUGUUAAAAUUCCAUUUUGUUCCGAAAGAAUUAACGAGGAGUAAUAACAACGGUGGUAAAGAUGCAAAUAAAAAUAAGUCAUACCCUAACAGUUACCGAGCAAUAUCCUUACGUUCAACUAUCCUUAAACUAUCCUUAAACUAUUUGAAAAUGUAUUACUAUACAAAUUAGACGAGUUAUGUGGACCACGAGAAAUUCUCUAAAAUGGCGGCUUCUAAAAGGAGCACAUAUGUAAGAUGACGUCAUUUAUUUUAAGAGAAAGCAUUCUCUUCGCACUUGAAAAGCAGUCGAAAAUAUACGCGUGCGAAGUUGUUGUUCUGCAGGCAUUUGAUUAUGUAACUUUCGAAUUGCUUCUGUUAAAACUGCAUAAAACUUGGAUUAUUCGAAGAAAUGUUUAAAAACAUCCAAAGCUGUGUUAAACUCAAAGAGGCUCUUCACAGUGGUUUGAUAUUCAAUAAGGAACAAGGCAGGGUCAAUGUAUAAGCCCGACGAUAUAUCUAGUCUAUAUCAAUGACCUAAUGAAUAACUUAAUAACUGAUAAACGGUGCCUUAAAAUGAAUUAUGAGAGUUAUGGUUGUCCAACAUCUGCUGAUGAUAUGAUUCUUUUAUCGCUAAGUAAGGAUGGCCUGCAGUAUUUGAUGAACAUCUGUUACAAUAAUUCAGUCAAUGAAAACUACAAACACAAUGCUCAAAAAUGCAGCGUUGUAGGGUUUAUCCACUUAGGAGUUCAUUGGGACAAAAUUGUAUCGAUUGAUCGAAAUAUCAACGUCGCUUGCAAUAAAAUAAGGAAAACAUAUUUGAGCCUUUAUACAUCUGUAUGAAACCACAGUUUUGAGUAAAGGACUAUUCGGAUAUUAGCUAUAGUCGUCGAUGCUGGAGACACAAAGAUCAUUACCAGAAACGACAAUGUAUUAAAGCUAUGCAGUUUUUACCGAAAUCUACAAGAACCGACUUUAUUUUUCAUAUGUAGGCCUAAUUCCUAUUGAAAUGAAAUCGAAAAAAAGAAAUUGUUCCUUCUAGGCCAAAUGUGUCACUCAUCAAACCACAAGAGUGUGAAGAUACUAUCCAAUUAUCGACUUGUACAAAAAUAUUAAUUACCACAAAAUAUACAUGGCUUUUCCCCAGAUAUAUUAAAAAUUCUUGGAAAGUACGAAUUCCACGAACAUAUGAAGACAUACAUUGAAAGCGGACUAUUUCCUAAAAUAUCGAUAUGGACAAGCCGUGUUAAAAGGCAUUACGUUUUCAAUGAGUUUUAUCGACGACUAACAAUUGAUGGAGCAUAUCAGAUUUUAUCAGCAUGCAAAGUGAAAUCGCUCCAUGUAUAUCUUGGAAAUUUGCAAAACUGUACAGAGAAUACCUACCGUACUGUCAGAUAAUUAUUUUCCUGUUCAGUAAACUGUUUUCAGGUCGUGUUUAUUUGCCUACAAUGUAAAAUGCAAACUGAAUCCAUCGGGCACCAUAAACUUUUCUUUUGCACCAAUAAUAAUAAUAUUCGACAAUUACUUUGGCGUGAACUGCAUUCAGUGUUAGGUAAUGAUAUGUUUGCUAGCUUUUAUACGCUAAGCUUUCAUAAGCAAAUUGUCGCGAGGUAUUCCGGUUAUACAGACUUAAAUCUUUCUGACGAAUUAUGUGUAUCUAUGUAUAAGGUCAUUACAAGAUAUUCGCAUUCUCUUGUUAACCCAUUUGUGUUCCUAAAACAGAUUGAGGACAUUACAUUCACGUAGCAUUCAACUGUGUCAAUAUUACGCCCGAUAUUCAGAAUUCUUAUUCGUUUAAAUAUUAUUAUAAAAUACGUGAGAGCCAAAUAUUUGUCUAUUUUUUUUUACUUUCGUCUCAAUUAGACAACGAAAAAUUAGGCACUAAACAGUUCAUGCCAAUCAAAUCAGAUAACGACGACUUAAUCAUUAAUUACAAAUUAUAUUAUGAUUUCCAUACCCAUGUCAAAUCAUAUGAAAUCAUUGUAUGCCAUUGUGUUAUUAUAUAUUAAGUAAUAAUUCCAACACUGAUUAACUAGCGCAAUUAUUUUCCUUUCACCAAUAUAGUAAUGUUACGCCAUAAGUACUUGAACAUACAUGUAUAUAUGUAUUUACUUAAAGAUAUAUUCACUUACAGACAUUGAAGAUCCAUUUCUAUUUUCUUAUCACAUGUAAUUAAGUCAUACAAACAUGUUCCAUGUAUAUAUGUACAUCUUCGAUCUCAAUUAUAAAUGUGUCUAUGUUUAUGUAUGUAAUGCUAUGUUCAAUCUCUUUUUCAAAAGAGGAAAUAAAGAAGAAUCUGUCUAUCUAAAUGUCUAUCAUCGGCGGGAGCUGUGGCACCCAAAAGGUGCUACUUGAUUAUAUAAUUAUAUUUUAUUAUUUGAGAAUAAUGUGAUUUAGUUGUCUUAUUCAAGAGUCCCUUGGCCGAUUUACUUGGGAAGCCAUUCGCAUUUUUUCUUCAUUUAAAUCUAUCCAGGAAACAUAACCAAUAGUAAGUUUAUAACCUUUCUGUUCUAUAUUUUUGAAAAAAAUAUCGGCAAA